AUGGCAUCGGGAUCAGUCUACGGCGCAAUCUUUGGCGCUCUCAUCACCUUCAUCUCCUGUGCCUUUGUCCUCUAUCGAAUCGCGACGCGCGUGAGCACACCGACCAGCGUAGAGAGCGUUCAGCCAACCCCGGAAGCAGAGGCAGUCAUGGCUGGGCAGGAGACGGCCGGCUCGGCCAAGGCGUCACGACCGCCGCCAACCGCGGUCCUCGCCGCACCCGAGCCAUCCGAAUGGUCGGGAGCGCAGCUGUACCAGGAGUACAUCAAGAAGGCAGGCAUGUCGACCGACAACCCGCAGUACGUCGUCUUCAACACGCAAAAGGGCGGCAUCGAGUUUGCGCCCGCCCCAGCUGCCGAUGCGCCCUACCUCAAGCUGCACCCCGAUGGCAAGGCGGAGCUGAUCAAGCCGCCGGCCAACAAGCAGAAGAACGAUCAGCAGCAGCAGCCGCAGCCGAAGAACAACAACAACCAGCAGCAGCAGCAGCAGCAACAACAGAAUCACCAGAAAAGCAAGGAGCAGCCAGCCCUCGUCGAGGGGACAAUCGAGCUGUCCAAGUUCUUCGACCUCAUCACAAAGGUCAACGGCCAGCCCGGAGUAUCGAGGCCAACGGCCUGCACCUGCAGCAGCCUGCCCCACGGAGGCGGCCACAGCGGGUGUCCUGGGCCUGCGUUUCCCCCACAGGCGUACUACUGGCACCCUUCUGCCACUCCGGUGUCGCAGUCGCAGCAGCAGGUGCAGCAAGGGUCCAAGCCAACACCCGUCGCGGCGGCGUCGACGAAGCCCGACAAGCUGGCCAAGCCGGCCUAG